GUCCCCGGACCCCAGCCUAGGAUAUACUCCUCCCCAGGAUUCCGCCCGCCCGGUCCUCUUCUCUGGGGUUUGUUUCUGUGAAGUUGAUUCCUUGUUUGCUGCAGUGUCAUUGUUAUUCCGCACUCGCUUCCUGAUGUCACACACCCCCCUCCCAUGACGUCACCUGGACAUUGCUUCCCUUUAUGAUGUAGAAUCUCUUAGAGACUCCUCAGACGUCUACAGAAGGAGCUGGGGAAGCGCAGAUAACGCCGAUCGCAUCGAAGCCAGACCUGUCUCUCCAUUUUCCAUCUCUAUCAUCUUCUCCAGGAUCCCAGGCAGCCGUCUACAUCAGGAUCCCCCAGCAGAGACCUACAUCCACAUCUCCGUGCUGCGAGACUUGGAGCUGGUACUGUCACCAUGUCUGAGAUUCUCCCCUACAGUGAGGAUAAGAUGGGGCACUAUGGCUCAGACACCGAGGUGGGGCAGAUCUCCUUCAGCUGCCGUCUUCAGGACACCAGCACCUUUUAUGGGGGCAACCAGCAGAAAAGACCCCCAAAACUGGGACAGAUCGGAAGAGCAAAGAGAGUUGUUAUUGAAGAUGACAGAAUAGACGAGGUGCUGAAGGGGGUGUCGGACAAGUCUCCCUCCGGAGUAUAAGGUGUGGAAGUGGUUGCUCUCCAGCGCUCACUCUCCUCCCUGAUUUGUAAGCACUUUUGGCUGUGCAUGUUUGUGGACAUGGAGAAGAAGGAAAGGCUUUGAGGCUGCUGGCAAAUCUCCACCCUCCACCUUGAUCCAGACCCUCUGCAGGUCUCCUGAUGGUGCCAUCUGGCUCCCCACUCCACUCAGUCCUCGCCAAUGACCUCCAAUGUGGAGAUAUCCAUUUCAGCACCUUCCUAUUUCCCUUGUCACUGUCCCUCACCCUGGGCUCUGGGGGCAGUGAUGAGUCUCAACUCAUGUCAAAGCCAACCCUACAGUGCACUGGCUGCUGUUGUCCUUAGUACCUGCCUGUGUGCCAAGAAGGUGCUUGUUGACUGGAGCACCAUGGAGUUUGUGCCUAUCAACUCCAAUCCUUGCCAGGUGCUGCCUCCUCCUCCUGCCUCACAGUGUACACCCCAGGGGCUGUAGGUUGUUAGAAAUGCACUUUAUUCUGACAAUAUGUGUCUCUAGUGAAGUAAUAAUCUUUAGCUGUGUGUGUAUUUGUGGACCCACAGGGAACCCACCUGCGCAGCUGUGUUUAUAUAUCUAUAUAUAUAUUCAUGUAUGUCAUGUGUAUAUAUAGGUAUAUAUAGGUUGAAUUGUGAUUAUUAAUACCAUAUCCCCUCCAGUUCAUUAAUAAACCA